UGUCGUGAUGUGUGCUGUCAUUUCCGCAGUGUGUAUAUUACAACAGAAGUUGUAGUUAUUAACAUGAGAUUUUGAUUUAGAUGCUGUGCAAACAGACCUCGGGAUAUCUGGAAUGAUCUGACAUCAUUAUUUCAAGUGUAAAGUAUCCCAGCUGUGUAUGGAGUCCUGAGGAUGAGGUGCUGGCAGCGAGGCUCUAGCCUCAAAGAAUAUGCAUCCCAUAACCCUCCAGUGGCUACUUUCUUUCUUUGCCUCUUAACUCUUGCGUUCUCAUUCAUUGUUAUCAGCUCUUACAGCUACUCUCAUACUCUACCUAACCCUGAUAUAGCAAAGGACUGGAACAUUCUACUCUCAUCUCUCUCACAGUUUCACUUAUGCGAGAAGGAAAAUAUGAGUUCUCCUUUUCACAUCUCUUUUAAGCCUCCACUGCAAACAAAGGAGGAAAAUGAUCUUAAAACAUCAUUGAAUAUAACCCAGCAUCCUUCUUCAGUCACUGUUUUGCAUCUUCGUGUUCCCCUGACUGUGAUUCCCUCAUCAAGUGCCACGCUAGAAGAUAUUAGUUUAUUCACAACUUUCACAGCCAGUCAGCUUAAUCUUGGAGACAAAGAACUUGUUAAUUUAACAUUGGAGAUAAUAUCUGAAGACAACAAACACGUGUGCCUCACUAUAAGUGCCCCAACCAACAUCCUGCCAAUGAUUCUGCUCCCUCCAAGGUGCUCUUCAUUAGAGACAAAUAUUUCAGGCAUCCCAGUGGAAGUGACCAAUGAGCUUCCAGCAGUGUCUAAAACCUGCUACAGCCUCCACUUUAAGAAAGACCCUGCACUGACUGUCAUGUUAACUCUGGAAGAACAGAGUGUGGCAGUGCAACAUCUGGUUGAAGUCAGUGUCUGCCUGGUUGGUGUUUGUUUGUUUCUGUGUUUAGCUGCAAGCUUGAAGAAUAACGUUGCACAUCGAGAAUAUCUACAAGCACCAGACAGCCAAAACGAACCCUUGAUUGAAAGCUGAAGAAAUGUUUUUGACUGGCACAUUGAAGAAAGUAUUUAUUAGAUGAAAGUGAAAUAUUUCAAAUCUUUUUAGUUCCCCAUCCUUGCGUGCUUUUACCACACCCUGGUUUACAUAGUUCACCUUGUGACAAAUGUGAUCUCAUAUCCCAAAUAAAUUAUUUAUAUCAAAGCUUUAAAAAAAAUCCAGCUUGACUCAUACUGACUGGGAUUUUAGGAGAUUUAUGAUAUAUAUAACAUUUAUAUAUAACAUUUACAAAAAAAAAUACCAGUUGUAAUGCAUAGUAAGGAGCAUAGUAAGGAGAUGGUUCCUCACAUAAUGUUAUCUACCUUUAAUUUGAAUUUUCAAUAUAACAAAAUAAUUCCAUGUUUGUGUAUAUUUCUUUUUGGGUGUUGGUUUAAUUAAGUAUUUGUGUCUAAAGACUUUACAAAGAAAAUUCAGUGUUUGAAUGUUAAAGUGAAUGAAUGUUUUGAUUUUUUUUUUUUUUUUUAUAUGAAUCUGAUGGGACCCAAAUAAACUAAAUUUUCCA